AUGAAGAUCUUUCUGUCUUCGUGGCUCGCAGCAGCCUGCCUGUUCCCAACAGCUCUUUCAUUCCCUCAAAUGAGCGCCGAGCAGCUCAAGACUUAUCAAGAGCACGUGAAGCGAAGCCCUGCAGCAUGCCCUUAUUCCCAAGAAGAGAAGAGGGAUGCAGGCGAAUGCCCCUUCGCGAAGGAGAAGCGAGCUGCAAAGUUCGAUGCCAAGAAACAGCGCAUCAGUGUUUCUGGCGAGCAUGAGUUCCUGCCUCCUAACCUCAAAGCCGGCGAUCAAAGAGGGCCUUGCCCUGGACUCAAUGCCUUGGCUAACCAUGGCUAUCUUCCGAGAAACGGUGUCGCAGACAUGCAAACCAUCAUCAAGGCUACUAACGAGGUAUACGGCAUGAGCCUUGACCUCGGUGGUUUCCUCGCCGUCUAUGGCACCGUGUUCAACGGCAACCCAGUCUCCCUUAACCCCGGCUACUCCAUUGGCGGUCCAAGCCGCUUCAGUCAGAACAUUCUCAACGGUGGCGGUAUUCUCGGCACUCCAUCUGGCCUCAGCGGUUCUCACAACAAGUAUGAGUCCGAUGUCAGCGCCACCAGAGGAGAUCUCUACGUGACUGGCAACAACUUCCAUGUCAUCCUCGAGCGCUUCGUGGAGUACUGGAGUGCUAUCCGCGAAAAUACUCCUGCGCCUGAGCAGUACUCUGCUCUUGCACCCUUCCACUACAAGCGCUUCCAGGAUUCGGAAAGGACCAAUAGUCACUUCUUCUAUUCGCCCUUUGCUGGAGUCCUGGUCUCACCCGCUGCAUAUUCCUUCCCCCCUCGCAUGAUGGCCAAUCACUCCGAUAAGUAUCCUGAAGGAUAUCUUUCGCGUGAGGUCUUUACCAGUUUCUUUGGUGUCAAAGGCAGCAAGCCUGGCAACUUCAAGGUCAACCAAGGCUGGGAGCGCAUCCCGGAGAACUGGUACCGCCGACCUGUUGAAGAUGAGUUCUCCAUUCCUGACUUCCUCGUUGAUGUUCUAGAGCAUGCUGCGAAGUAUCCUCGUCUUUUAAACAUCGGCGGCAACACUGGCAAGGUGAACUCCUUCUCGGGUGUCGAUAUCGGUGAUCUCACUGGUGGCGUCUUCAAUACUGCGAUGUUAUUGAAGGGCGAUAACCUCGAGUGUUUCGUGAUGCAAAUUAUUAUGGCUGCUGCGCCUGAUGUUCUCGGCAGUCAGUUCACUGACGUUACAAAGGCUUUGAGGCCAUUGGCGGACAAGCUUCGACAGCUUCUUGCUGGAAAGACUUGUCCCAAGCUGCAGAAGGUCAACAUGAAGUUGUUUGAGAAAUUCCCUGGUUACACUGAGUCGUAUGGAAGCUAUGCUGGUGUUUCUAAGGGGUCUCUCCGCGGUGUGAUUGAGGGUGUUGGUGGCAUCCUGGGAGGGCUUGUAACCACUGGAAAUAAGGCGUAG